CUAUGUUUUUUGACGUUUGAUAAAAAAAUAUUGUUUUGGUUUUCGGUUGGAAUUCAAUUUGAAUCAAGACGGGUUUUUAUUUUCAAUUGAUGAUUUUCAAGAGGUCCUCUGUAAAAAAUAUUGAUAUUUGAUUACCUGUUUGGGGCAGUCCUGUAUAGUGUAUUUGAAAUAGACAUCACCUCGAAGCUCUACAAUAAAAUGAAAAUGGAUGAAAAUGGAACGACCAGCACAAUGGAGGAAAAAUGUGAAUAUCUAAUGAACAUAGUUGUCGAAUCACGCAAGCAAUAUGGCAAAAUGUGUAUAGAUUACGAUCAAAAGAAAUCUGUGGUUGAAAACAAAAUGUUGAAACUUCAACUCAAUAAUAUCACUUCUUGUCGAUUCAAAGCAAAGAAUAUACCACAAGUAAAUACUGAUGGUAUGAAAAAGGAUGUGGAAGAUUUUACGAAUGAAAUUUCACUGUCACAAAGGAGAUUGAAUGACCUAAGUAAUAAUGUGAAAGACAUGCAAAGCAUAGUUUUGCAGUUGAAAAAUGAUACGGUCGGACAAAAGUUGAAAAAGAAAAUCACUGCGGAUGCUCUAUUGGCUGAAGCUAAGAGGAAAAAUAAUAAAUGAUACUUAUUUCCUAGUUUUU